UAAAGUGCCCCACUUGGCUUCAUCGUUCUUAAGACCCGACAAAGAUGUUUCACGCCAUCAAGACUGUUCGAGCUUCUCCUUCCUCCUCCUUCCCCCGUUCCAGCCUUGCUCGGCAAACUUCUCUCUUAAGAUUCCGGCAAACGCAAUCAGUCUCUGUAUCCGGGCAACCCGAUAGUGGUUGUAAGAUGGACAAGCCUCCGCACAACCCAAAUGAAAAACAUGGGGAUGUGAUGUCUCAUUCCUUUGGGGAAGGAUAUGCUACAAGAUCGGAUGAGGAAGGUUUUGGUGGGAUUUAUGGUGGAAACGAGUCGGAUUCAAAGAUUGAGACAGAUAAGUUUAUCCACGAAAAUCAUCCAGCCUAUGACAAGACGCAAGGAAGUGAGGUGAAGGAGAAGGAAAAAGCCAGGCACCAGACCAACGCUAGCAGCUAGAUUAUUCAUGUGCCCUUUUUCAUGUAUAUCUGUGACUGAGCCCUAUAUUGGUGCUCUUGACUGUUCUCUCUACGAUGUGUUUUUUACUCUUUUUUUUUUUUUUGGGGUCUGUUGUAAACAUCUUUCAUGUUAGCUAUCAUCAAGCCUCUUCCAUGGGGUCCUGUAGACCCCUUUUACCUGAUAACGUAUUCUUUUAUAUUGUUUCU